UUAGCAAAAUUUUGUAUAGCGUCUAUAGAAAAUGUCCUAAUUUGUUUAAUAUACAUAUUUUUUAAUUAGUGAAUUUAAUACUCAGAGUUUUAACAAAAUAACUAGAAAAAUGACAGCAUUAGCCACCAUCAAUUGGUUGUUUAUAUGUGGUUUGUCCUUUUGUCUAGGCGGUGUAGUGGUGCUAAGUUUAAUGCCAUUGGGCUCAGAUUGCAUAUGUCCCAUUAGCAGAGGGAAGCCUAAAGUAGAAAAUGCUGAAAUGCAAAGUCGUACGUUGGAUGAUUUACAAGUUGUCCACAAAUUAGCCAUUCUGGUACCAUUUCGGGAUCGUUUUGAAGAGUUGUUGCAAUUUGUGCCUCAUAUGACAAGGUUUCUUAAUAAACAAGGCGUAAACCAUCAUAUAUUUAUUUUAAAUCAAGUGGAUCGCUAUCGGUUUAAUCGAGCCUCUUUGAUAAAUGUGGGUUUUCGUUUUACUAGCGGUGUUUACGACUAUAUGGCCAUGCAUGAUGUAGACCUGUUGCCGCUCAACGACAAUCUACAUUACGAUUACCCCAGUGAAGUAGGCCCCUUGCAUAUUGCAGCUCCGGAUUUACAUCCGAAAUACCAUUAUGAAAAUUUCGUAGGUGGCAUUUUGUUGGUUCGGAGAGAACAUUUUGAUACUCUCAAUGGCAUGUCCAACAAAUACUGGGGUUGGGGUCUAGAAGACGAUGAAUUUUACGUACGCAUCCGAGAUGCCGGUUUGCGUGUAACAAGGCCACAAAACAUUAAGACUGGUGUAAAUGACACGUUCAAUCAUAUACACAAUCGCUAUCAUCGCAAAAGGGAUACUCAAAAGUGUUUCAACCAAAAAGAAGUAACUAGAAAGCGUGACCGCCAAACGGGUCUUAACACAUUACAAUAUAAAAUACCAAAAGUCUAUGACAUGACAAUUGAGGGAAUUCGAAUAACAGUGUUAAACAUAAUGCUGGAAUGUGAUUUAAAGGAAACACCCUGGUGUGAUUGUUCCGGCGCUGCGGCAGCAGCUGCUGCAGAAGAUUUAAAAGUAUCGUAAUUAUAAUAAAAAUGCCAUAAAUAGAAGACAAGA